UAAAACCAGUCCAGCGACAUAAGACUGAUGUGGAGGUCGAGUGGGCUCUACUAGGAGUACUAGGACGAAGGAUGUACAAAAUUACUAACUUCUUAAAUUUCUCCAUUUAUAUCUGAGAAUAUGUGGUGCAAUAAAAUAUGGGUGUUAAAAGGGGGCUGACAAGACAAAUGCGCGCAGAAAACUCCACACAACUAAUAGUUAAACUAUUCACAAGAACAUGGCGCGAAAUGCGCACAUUAAAAAAUGAACGUUAAAAAACAAAAAAAAAAACGCAAGAAAGGUUUGGUUUAACAAUAUAGGCUAGAUUAAGGCACUGUGGGAAACAUUUUUGUCAUCAUGCAAUUAGGGUUUUUAAUAUCUCAGCGUGUUGCUCACUUUCGAAAACUUAAAAACCGCAUUUUAGACCUAAAUAUUAAUUAUUAUUUUAUUUAUUUAUUUUAUGUUCCGUGUGUCAUUGAAAAUCGCGCUCCAUGUUUGAUCUGGCACGCGUGCCGUAGGUUGUUGACCCCUGGCUUGGGCCUUAACAAGUAUAGAUCGGGGAGGGACUAGAUAUGGCACAGGGUUUUAAAUUUUACUUCACACAAAAUAUUUUAUCGAUGCACGGAGAUAAGCCGUAUUCAAUAUCUUGCCAUUGUACGCAAAAUUAUAGAUGCGCACAAAGUUGAUUGAAUUUUGCACUACCGGGCAGCCCACGUGUAGGCCUAACUGUCGGAAAAACAAAUUGAAAAUAAGCUUUGUAAAGGAAUACGUUCUUACAGAUCAAGUCAUUGUUUGAUACUCAAAUUAUUGAUUAUGUUAAUGUUAUCGAUGAACACACGUGCUUAUUACAAGCGUCAUAUUAUCACAUUGUUCUUAUCAACCAAUCCUUACACAGUAAUAAUAGUUCCCCAUCCCAAGAACCCUGUUCCCUAACCUUCCAUCACUUCUCUCCCAAAUUUCCUCCAGUCAAUCCACUUUCUCCCCCAUCCUCUCACCCUCCACCCAAUGCACUUUCUCCCCUAUCCUGUCACGCUCUACCAAAUUCCCAUUCCUCCCUAUCCUAUCACCCUUCAGCCAACCCACAUUAUCAUCAGUGGGACUACAGGCCCUGGCCUGCUUCUCCACAUUCUUCCAGUCGGAACGAUCCAUGGCUUUCCCCCUUCAUGCGCGAACCCCAAACUGGCGUCGAUCCAUCUCACUCUUAGGCGACCACCGGUCACCCAACCCACAGAGGACACAAAACAUAGAAAAUAAUUUGAAAUUUCUGGAAAUGCAUCACGCUUAGAAAGUAUGUGCAAUUGUGCAGAAAAUAUUCUCAAAAAUUAAUUCAAAUAAAACAUAUUUUUUAAGCUUCGUCUACAUUCAAUUCGAAUCCAUAAGUAGGCCGAUAUAGAGUGCUCAUCUACACUUCUGCACAGACUUUCUUUGCUUAAUUCAUUUGUAAAAAUUUGAAAUUAUUUCCUACUUUUUAGUGAUAGUGUGUUUAAGAAAGAAAUUCUUUUUUAAAAUUAUUUUAUUUAAAUUAAAAGUGGAUUCACCUGCAUCCAAUUUUAGAAACUAAAAUGUACAUAUCAAUAAGGUGAUUUUAAAAUAUUCAAUUGAAUUCUUUUUUAUAAAAAAACAAGCCAGUUCAUUAUUUAUAAAUGUGUAUUGUUUUAUAUAAGCUUUAAUUAAACAUUUUAGUGUACAAAGUUCAUUCAUGUUUUUAAAAAUUUGUGUUUGUAGUUACCUAGCGAUGCCUUAAAAUGGCGCUGUCUGGUGUAAAGUUUGACGAUGGAAAAGCUGGAUUUGUACCAAACUGCUUUCCCGUUCGUUCAACGUUAGGUCAAAACAGUAAUGAAGGCAAGUUAAAGAAAAAAAGAUUUAAUUAUAUCUUAAUUAUUUACCCCCAGACAUGCUGUACUUUUUGUUUUCAAUUAGGACAGAAACGUAAAAAAGUAUGCCUAAAACUAAAACUAAAAUAGUAAAAAUUAUUGGUGCAAUUUUAGUUUCGUUAGUUUAUUUUAUUCACAUUCACAGACUAAGUUUAGUGAAUCACUACUAAAUACGUCUUCUACAAAAUCCUACAUUUCGCAAAAAUAUAAAUUGGCAUGUUUUUUGUUGUUUUUUAAACUUUUAGAUUUUACGUUGCAAGUCUUGGUCUGGAAUAUGAAAAAAUGAUUGACUAUUAAAUUUAAAAAACAAACAGUAGGGUCAGUGUGCGGCGUAGGCGUAGGGGACAGUGAACAUAUUAUAAUCAUAUGAUGCAAAGAGGGUAUGUGGGUGUUUUAUCAUUUUGUUAUAUUGUGUUAUAUGGGGAUGGUAGAGAGCAAUAUAAUAUAAAAUAUAAAAUUUAUUUUUUUGAAAUGAAUUCUAAUUUUUCGCAAAAUUGUGUGAAACUUAGCCAAGAUUAUUUUUGUUUAAAAUGUAAUUGUAUUUUUUGCUAACAAUAAUUAGCAAAUUUAAAAAAAAUAAUAAUUUCUGGGAUUUUGCAUGAAAUUUGCUGCUUGUUUUUGGACUUAAUUCAGUUUUUAUUAGGGUAUUGAGGUGUGGUUGCUAGAAAUGUUAUAUAAUUUAACAUAAUUUAGUGGGGGGGGGGGGGUUUGGGGUUUUGGCAAUGGAAAUUUUCCAUAAACUUAUUAAGGAUGGGGGGUUGGUAAAAAUAAAAAAAUUUUUUUAAUUCAGUUUUUAUUUGGGUAUGGAGGUGUGGUUGCUAGAAAUGUUAUAAAAUUUAACAUAAUUUAGUGGGGGGGGGGUAUUGGUGUUUCGUCAAUGGAAAUAUUCCAUAACAUUAUUAAGGCUAGGGGAUUGGUAAAAAUAAUCAAAUUUUUAUGUUAUAAGAUAUGUGCACAGCUCAUAGCAUACUGCAGUUUGAAAUCCUUAGAUGUAUACACAGACACAACAUUCCACCGAAGAUGUAUUCCAUCAUUAACAUUUAAUGAUCUUUAAGGCUCUCUUUAGUGAGGUCAUUGGAUUCCUUUUGAAUAUAUUGAAUUUUCAUUACCGGUAUUGAAAAAUUCUUGAUUUGUCUGAAUUUUAGAUAUCAAGAAUUUGGGAUUUUUUAAAACCGUAUUUCAACUUGUCAAAACUUUGUUGUUUUCAGCUAGUGGAAAAUGGCUAGUUGCACAUCAAGCUGAACAGCUGCGAAGAUUUAAGACAGUUUUAUGUGCCAAGCCUCUGACCUAUGCUCGCAUAAAGGAUGAGCGAAAAAAAUCAGAAUUAAGAGAUUUGAAGUUGGAUUGCCAUAACUUUCAGGAUGAGGGAGAAAGAGAAAAUGAGGAAGGAAAGACAUUGGAUGGCUUCUUUUUGGUAAAUGAGAUGUUCUUGGUGUUUAAUUUAUUUCAUACAAAUUAUAGAUUUAGUUUUUUCUUCUCAAAAGUUCUGGUUUAUGCUGUCAUAAUUCUAAGCUUUUUAAACCUAAUCAUUUUCAUAAUUCUCAAAAAUCGAUUAAUUCUAUUUAUUGAUUAUAAACUUGUCUACGUCAUCAGAUCAGCUCCAUCCGCCACUACCUUACAGUUAGCGCAACAAAAACCCUAGUCUGUGCUCUAGUUCUCUCUCGUCUUGACUAUUGUAACCCUCUUCAUAUCAGGUUUAUCAAAACACUACAUUGAAAAAUUAAAAAAGGUUACAACUUCGACUACGAAUAAUAUUCAAUGUUUUUAUGUUUUUUAAAAACAAAGGUCCCUUCUUUUACAUUAGAUUAGUAUGUCCACUAGGGCUAUGUUUAGGGUAUGGUUAUAUUGCUAAUUAAAUACUCUAAAUUAAUCUCACUCCACACUCACUCUAACGUUCAAUGACAAUCUCACUAGCUCUCACUUCAAUUAAUACUAUCACUAUACUAAGAAACACAGGUGGUUCAGCCCACAAAUAAAUAUUUAAUUAUAAACAGAAUUAACGACACACAUACACAUAUAGAGCAAUGUCUAAUUAACUAUCUAAUAUUUAGGUCUAAUAAAAUUUUUCCAUGGAUUAAGUUGCGAUUGGUGAGCUGUCCUCUGUAGACAAGUCCAACACGCACCCCCAGCAGCCUUCUCCUCAGGUCACAGCGCACUGCGGGCGGCUUGGUUGCGUAACUUGUCUCAGGUCACUGGCACUGCGAUGUGAUAGGUGUCAACCUUGACACUUUACCGUGGGGGUACACACACACAGUACACGCUACUGUCUUGUUUGAUUUUGCUUCCCUCACUGGGCACUGUGACGUAACAGGUCUCUGGUCAAGCCUCUGCUAUUCUUAUAGUAGUAGGCCUAACCUACACUUAGUUCUUUAAUUGGAGCUCAACGUUAUUCUGACCCUUACGACUGACUCCACUAACUGAACUGUACUAGCAUCUACUGUACUAAACUGAACUGUUAAUUACUUCACAGUUCUUACUGAACUAUUACUUACUAGUUCAACUAUCACUUACUGAUCCAAAUAUUACUUAACGGCCAAAUGUUACGUACUGGCUAGAAAUGAGAAUAACAAAUACAACGUAUAAGACAUAGCUAAGAAUUACAAAUCACAUCACAUUAUAAAUUGUUAAUAGUUAUCAUAAUCAAACAUUAAUUAUAGUCCUAACAUAAAACUACAACUUUAAUUCUACAUUCCCAUACACAUGAAUAUGCAAAUUAACAAUACUAACCCAGCAAAUUAUAGAUGAACACACUUCAUCAACUAAUUAUGCAAGUCAGGCUCUACUGCCAUACUUCAGGUGAAAGAGGCCGAUACAUGACUAGGGGGUGCCUUUUAUAUUGAUUACAGGGACACUGUCCUGCAUUUCUAACAUGCGUCCUUAUGGGUACUCAGCGUGGUUACUCAGCGUGGCAACUCAUUGUGAUAACGCUUGAACAGAAUGAGUGCAUUGUUUAAGCUGGGUCCGGUCAAGGUUAUCAGGCUAAUUUCCAUUGUUAUUUGAGUAAUUUUUAUUAUUGUAAGGCCCAGCCUAAUUGUGUCAUAUUGCAUGGGGUAGCGAUGGAGAGUGUGGGCCAGCGGGUCUCACAAAGGUGAGGACCAGCGGGUCUCAACACAAGGCUAAUUCUAAAGGCAAAAAAAACGUGAUCACGUCACACCCCUACUUCAUUCACUUCAUUGGCUCCUGGUACAAGCACUCAUUGACUACAAGUUCUCUGUUCUCUGUUCUCUGCCACAACUUUUUCUUGAAUUCCUGCCCUUCCUAUCUAACUGAACUUCUCUCUGUCUAUACACCCCUUCGACAGCUUCAUUCCUCCGCAGAUGCGAAAAUUCUUUCUGUCCCCAAGACUCACACAAAAACAUACAGGGAACAAUCUUUCUCUUUCUGUGUCCCCAAACAAUUCUCUUCUACUACACAUUUGCAAUAUACCGACCAUCACAGCCUUCAAAACUGCACUCAAAGCACAUUUCUUUAAACUCUACUAUCCUGACUGAUUCCCCCUGUCUGAUCGCUAAACGAUGCUGCUGGGUAGCCUUCCAUGGUUUGACAUGUAAAUAGUUCUUGAAAAUGGGAUACCGCGUCAUAUAAAACCAUCACUAAUAAUAAUAAUAUAUAUAUAUAUAUUUAUAUGGAAUAUAAUUAACCAAUAAACAUAUUUUUUAUAAAAAUGAGAAUCAACAUUUUGGCAGUUUUUAUAAACAUAUCAUUAUACUAAAGACCAGUGGGCAGAAAGUUAUCCAGGAUCUCUAUGUUUUUCUCUCUCUAUGUUGACACCCUCUCAAAGUUUCUCAGGACCCUCUAUUCAUUUUAUCUGCUUUUUUUUUAAAGUUGGUGUAUAAAAAUAGAUCAGUUUCAGUCAUUUAAAUUAGUAUUUAAUCAGUAUCAAGAUAUAAAUGCUAGCAAUGACAAAAUCAUUUGUGGAAGUGAAAUCUAAAAAAUGACCCUAGAAAGAAGAGUCAGAUGUUUAUGUACCUCCAUGCCAAUAAUCUAUUUCCAGCCUAAUAAAAAAAGUUAUUGAAGAUUAGCUAAGCGUAUUUCUGAACACAAAUUUUUCACCAUCACCAAGUAUUCAGAUUCGCAUCUGUUUUUAGCCAAAUAUUUUAAGUCAUUUAUUAGGAUGAGUUGUACAAAAAUACCUGUCAGGAACUAAAAAUAAAUACAAAAGGAAUUUUAGUACCUCUUUAAAUGAGAAAAACAAAAACAUAAUAAAUAGUGCAGUUUACCAAAACAAUGCAGAACAGAGGAGCAUGCACUUAAUUAAUCUAAGGUUAAGUCCUAAUAUUUCAUCAAUUCAUAAAUUAAUAAAUGUUUUAUAUAUUUUUAUUUUUCAUUUUUACAAAGGUUAAUCUAUACUUCUGUGUUAUAAAAGCUGAUUAUUAGUUUAAAAGUAAGAAAACAGCAAAAACAAUUUUUUUUUUCCAAGGCAUAAAGCUUUUAAGGAAACGAAACUUGCAUAAUAAUUGAAAAGCAUAUAAAUAAUGAAGUCACUUCCCUUGAAUAAAAAAUCUUAAAACAUUUUGACCUAGAAAAAGAAACAUAAAAAUUUAUUUUAAAAAUAAUUCAGAAUAUUAAUAAAUUAAGUACCUGCAAAAUAUUUCACCAGGCUAAGCAGUGCACAAAAGUUUUGUCCCUUAAGAUAAGCAUUACCUAAAGAAAUUUUGCCUAAUCUUUUUUUUAAGAUUGGAUUACCUAACACUAAACAUGCUGAAAUAAUAGAGAGUAUAAAAUCCUAUCAUUUUCUUAUAUCUAGAUGAAACACUGUUGCAUUGAAGAUCCAUCAGAUCUUUGCUCAGUGAACAUAGCAAAUAAAGAGCUCACAGAUGUAAAAGAAGACGAUCUGACAAUGUUUGAAAAUGUUGCAUAUGUCAAUGCAGGAGAGAACUAUCUACCCUUUGGUAAAGUAUUUGUAUUAUUUGUAACUGCAGAGUGCAGUCCAGCACCCAAACGGAACAUAACAAUACCUAAUGUUGUCAAGCCGUAGUAAUGAUUAAUCCCAGUGGGGCUGAUAAAAAAUUUAUUUAGCCAGACAAGAGAGUGUUCUAUAACUAAUAUUAUUUAUAGGUUAAUUAAAUCAAGACAAAUUAUUCUUACUAAAUUAAUGAGGCAUAAAAGUUCAGGUAUAUUUAGAUUUAUGAAAUCUUGAUGGGCUCUUUAGUACACCUUUGCUACUCUCGUUUGGUUAAAGGUUUGUUUGAUACCUUUGAUACCUGGUACUUGGUGUUUGGGAAGAGAUAUUUUGCAAACUUGAAAGUAUUAAGAAAACGGAUCCUCUUAAUGGGGUUUCCUGAGCCUUAAUCAGAAAGUGGUAGAGGAAAUGAUCUUUUUCACAAAUGAUAUCUAAGGAAAGUUACAAAACAAAGGUCUAGCUGAUAAAGAGACAACGAUUUUUAAACUAGUAUGGGACGUAAUAGAAAAAGAUUACUUACUCUUAGAUUAUAUUUUUCAAAGCAAAAAAAAAACUGCUCAUCUUGUUCUGGUAGUGUUUGUUGCUGCAUCCAUAUACUGGCAUCUGUGCAAAGGUUGGGGAAGCAAUGUUGCUAUUCUGACAGAUCCUAACAGAUGCCAGGGCAUCCUUGAAGCUUUCGACCUAUAUCGAGUCCACAGCGGCAUUGUUCAGGUGGUUCCAAGCGAUUAUUGUGCGUGGGAAGAAUGAUUGUUUAUAAUGCACUGUGUUACACCGAGGCACAGUGAAGCAUUUGCUAUUGUUUCGGGUGUAACUGUUUAUGGGGUUGUCAGUGGGGAAAUCAGUGUUCAGUGAGCAUUUGGCUCUGAUUAAUCGACCUGGCUUCUGUGGGGUGAGGUAUGUGUUUGCUGGGAUGGCUGGCACUAGCCCCAUAACCACUUUAAAUAAGAAUAUUAGGCGGAGCUUUUCUCGUCUGUCUUUAAGGGAGGGGACAUAUUUUGCAAAUUAUAUGCUUUAGUUGCAUCAUGUUCAAAUUAUAUACCACAAUGAUUCAGUUUAUCUAUCUUCAAUAUAUUUAUUUUAGCUUUUGGUCUGUUUAUGACAUAAAGUAUGAUAAAGGAACAAUAACCAAAUUUUCUUGGAUUUUAAUCUCAGAUUUGGACCCCAUGUCUUUCUCACUCUACAACCCAGUUACCCAUUUAGAGUCAUAAAUAUAAAAAUAUUACUCUGAACAAAAAUGAAAUUAUUUAAUUAUAAGAUUUCAAUAAUUGUUUCCUAAAUUAGUAAUUUUCUGAGUAAAUAUGAUACUGUCAUUAAAUUGGACAUUAUUUGAUCUUUAUUAAAGUCCAAUUUAUUCAUCUUAAACUAUUUAUUUUCUUAACAGAAGCUUUCAGGCACUUUCCUUCCCUGAGAGAGCUAGAGUUACCUCUCAAUGGAUUGAGAAACCUGCAAAUUUCCCAUUCUGAUUUUACCAAUCUUGAGGUUUGUUAACAAUAUAUGUAUGAGAAUGUGACAAGAUUUAGACAAAAAUUACACUCACUACAAAUGAUUCAAAUUUGUUUUUUCUUUACUGACAUGUUAUCAGCAUAUUUUUAAAUUAUGUCAUACAUUAGAUUUGAGAGAAACAAGAAGGGUUAAAAACUCUGGAUUGAAGAAACUAAAGAAAUAGACUUCUUCAAACCUUAAACUUUAAACAAUUUUCCUUUUAUGUUUUUUUUUUUUAUAAUUACUUUCAAAUCAGAAGGUGUGUUGCUAUUAAUUAUUUUAGUUUCAGUUUAAGAAGAGUGGGAUCAUCUUUAAUACAUAUCCAUCCUUUGUUGUUUUUAUUUAGGGUUGUCUAGAAUUUUCAGUUUCCAAAUGACACAAAUGUUUGGGCAAUUUAAAACAUUUGAUUUCUCAAAUUGUUUUCAUUCUUUAGGGGUAGGCCUUUAUAUAACAGCUGGAUGUUUUAAUAUUUUUAGUGCAAAAGGCACAUCAUGUUAUUUAGGAAGUAAUUACAAUUUUAACUUGGUUGUUGUUGCUUUUAAUAUCAGAUUCUAAGAACCGGUAUUUGACCUUAUCGCCAUCAGACGAAAAAAAUACAUUUCAUGUUAAUUUUUGUGUACUUUUUUUUUUUAUAUUACAGAUGUUGGAUUUGUCAUACAAUAAUUUGUCAGAAGAUGAUUUGUUGACCCUUGGUCUGCUGAGUAAACUUAAAGUAUUGCACUUGACUGGCAAUAGUUUUGUAAAACUCCCCAUGGAUAUGGCUAUGCCAUAUCUUUCAAGGGAGAAGUAAGUCUGAAACUAAAUAAUUUAUUAUUUAGAAAAGCAUAUAUAUUUUUUUAUAUGUAGCAUUUAAUUUUGUUUCAUUUUCAUCUUCCAAAAAGCUUAUAUUUCUGUUUUUACUUUCCAAUGCCCAACUAAAACUGUAAUAUGAUAAAUUAAUAUAAAGCCUAACUAGAUAGGUGAUAAUAUCUUGUUUUGUUAAUUAAAAUGUAAUGAUAUACGACAAGUAAAAUCUAGCGACAUCCCCAUAUUAAAAUUAAAAUGUAAAUGAUAUUCCCUCAUGUCAAGAAAAUGUAUUGGGGAACUUCCUAUAUGACAAUUACAAUUUAAUGUAAAUGUCUCAAUAAAACAAGUAGAAUGAUAAGGUGACUGCCUAGCAGAUUCUUUCUUAGAUUAAUAUGUUAAUGUAUUCCCAGGGCUAUCUUAACAGCAGUGGGGGCCCCUGGGCAUGACCCUGACCAUAAAAAGCUGUGCCUGGGGCACUGUGUACACUGAACCACAUUGCUGUAACUAAUUCUUUGGCCUUGAGAAAAUUAUGAAAUAAUAAUUAGUUAAAUAAAUGUAAUUUUUUAUUUAAUUACAAAACUUCUUUUUAAAUUAUAAAUCAUUAAAACUUAUAUUCAAAUUAUACAUCUUGCAUUUAUCUAGUAAACUCUAUUUUUUAAAGGCAAGUGCGGGCUCAGAGAUAUGCAAAUCUGGAAAUUCUUCUGCUUGAUGACAACAAACUUAAAGAGAUGUCUGUUUUUGCUACUCUUGCUGGACUACCAAAGUUAGUGAAUAAGUCUGUUGUUGAAUUCCAGUGCAUAUUUAAAUUAUUUGCAAGCAUUAUUUCUUGCCCAAUUUCAUACAUAACCAUCUCCUGAUGUCCAUAUAAUUAAUAUUGUGUGCAAUUAAAAUAUUUUACCACCCACAGCCGCACUUACUGCUUGUGACUUGUUCUCUAUGUCAAUCUAAAGUAGACUGUAAAAAUAAUAAGCAAUUACAUCAAUUAAAAUUAGACAAAAUUUAUCCUUUUUUUUUUUUCAAAGGUGUACCAAUUUUUAAUUUCUAUGACCUUUCACUAUAUUUUCCUUUUUUAAAGAAAAUUCUUGUUUUUCAACAUUUAAUUUUCUUGCAAUUCAUAUUUUUAUUUAUGCACUUUAUAAGAUUCCAAAUAAUUGCUGUAUUAAUAUUCUAAUUUCCCACCCCUUUUUACACCACAAAUUUAUUACACCAACCAACUAUUUCUGUAAAACAAAAGAAAAUAUUGCGUACCAAACACACUUUUGGUAUUUUAUAAGAUUCUCAUAUAGUGCAGUUAUCAGGAAUUUUUUGUUUGUGACAACAUUGUUAAAUUGAGAAUUAUGUUUUUUUGAUUUUGUACAAAUCUAUUGUAUUUAUAAUUACUUUUUCUUGUACUUCUGCCAUCUUAAUGGAAAAAUAAUGUAGAGUUUUUGUGAAAAUUUUAAUCAUUAAAAAACUUUAUCACAGACUUCGCCAUCUGGACUUAUCAAAAAAUGAAAUUAAUUUUGUCCCCCAACUGAAGUCAGUGGAGGGAAGGGUGGUUACUCAAGAUGGCAAAAUAAAAAGAUCAAAUAGGUUUGGUAGCAGCCGCAAGAGCUCACGUCAGUCGAAGAGAUCAAGUGCUAAAGAUCAUAAACAAAAUCUAGUUGACAGUGCUGUCAGUCAUACAAGCACAAAGAUUGAUGUUGGUGAAGCUGCUACUGAAUCAGAGGACAUUACUAGUGCAGAGUCAGAGAAAAUAGGUACCAGUAUGUGUUAUUUUUAGGAUGGAAAUAUAUUCAUGACCUAACGGGUAAAUCUUAUUACGGUAUACCAUGUGACAUAGAGUGACCUAUAUUAAUACCACAAUAAGAUGUAGAUACUAAGUAAGAUUUAGAUACUAAGUAAUAUUUAGAUACUGGAACUAUAUUAUCUCUUCUAAAUCUUAUUGUUUUCAUUGGUUUUCUUUUCAUUUAGCAUAAUAGCAUGAGAUUGUGUGAUUUUUGAAUAGAUAGUCUCUCCAUUUAAGUUUGUGAGGCCUAACAUAAAAGAUAUGUUGAGCUGCUGAUUGAGGAUUUGCUUUCACAUUCAAUUCAUUCAGAUCUCAUGGCUGAUGUGUUCAACACUUCUGAUUUGACUGCCAGAAUUGAAGAACUUGGAUUGGAAGCAUCUGACCUAUCAGAACCUCAAGAGCAGCAGGGAUCCCAAAUUCCACCCUUCCCGGAACUACGCUACCUAAAUUUAGUCAACAAUCUGGUAAAGGAUUAUAAUAAUGUCAGUUUACUGAUUUACAUGAUUUAGCAUUGCUUUAUUGAGCCCAGUGUUGUUUCCUUCAGGCAGUGAUAAAGUUUUAACAUAUACCUCUCAUUUUUCUGUGUCUAGAUAUGCGAAGAGGAUGGACUUUUGGCAGUAGCUGCAUGGCCUAUGCUGUCGGAGAUUGAUAUCUACAACAAUCCUUUAACAACAGAAAUAAAUGGAGACCCACCUUUGCUGAAGAGGUUUUUAGAAGAUAGACUUGGCAUCAGACUGAACAGGUGAAACAGGCAAUAUUUUGUGUGAUUUUGUAAUUUUAAAAAAUAUCAAAAAUAGAGAUUGCUCAAUAACUCUUUUUUCAAUCUCCUGAGCUGCAUCCACUGAUAUGGCCACCUUAACUAGGGAUGUUAAGACCGUUUUCUUUUGGCAAACUGGUUUUCAGUUUUAAAAUGGAUUUCGGUUUUGCUUUUACAAUCAGGCUUCCUAUCCUGCAGGAAUGCAUGAGAACAGCGUUCAUGUACUUUUUUUUGCUAAGUUUUUAGUUGCCUAUAAUUUUAUUUUGGGGGGGAGGGGUGUCUUGGGUGAGUUCCCAUAAUCCCCCUCCCAGGACUUGACCCCUAAUGCAAUGCAAUGUAAAUACUUACAACCAUGUCAGAUUAUAUUUUAUGAGACAGUACCGUCCACAAAUGUAGGGAGAGGGGGUGAAGAGGGCUGUUUGCACUGGAGGGCUUUUUUUUUUUGGUCCACUUCAGAUACUUUAAAUAGCUUUUUUUUUUUUUUUUUUUUUUUUUCAGGAAUGAUGGAGAGAGGAAUUAUGGGAGAUUGUGAACAGGAUUAAUAUCUAUUGUACAAUAAAUGCUUGUAAUAACAAGGCAACCAUUUUUUCUACCCAUUUUAUGCAUUAUACAGCAUCUUUCCUUAAUUAAAAAGUAGUUUAUUUAAUUUUUUGAAUGAUGAUAAUAAUAUGUUUACUAUUGCUAAAAAUCUCAAUUUAAAAAAAUAAUAAUUAUGUUAUGAUUUUUGACAGUUUUAAAACCAAAAACCAGUUUUUGUUUAACAUCCUUAAUUUAAACAUGACUUUGAAAUAUGAAACCUGAGCAGAGAAUCUUAUUUCUAAUCAGCAAAUAUAAAAGUUAAACUGAAUAAUUUAUUUAAGUAGUUCAAACAAAGAUAUUUAAGAGAUGCAACAGAUAUAAGUACAUAAAAUUCUGACCCAUGUUACAGUAAUCUCUGUUUAGAGCAAAAUACAUUAAUUUAAUCAUUUUAAUAUUUAUGAAAAUUAACUUGCAGUUAAAGUUUAAAUCAUUUUACUCAUUACAGGAAAAAGCCUAUGAAUGCAUUAGGAUAUACUAAGAAAAGUAAAGCAGAAAUUCGUCCAAAAAAUAUAAAGGUGAGCACUGAGAAAUAAUUUUAUAUAUUAACAAAAGGCAAGGAUUUAUUCAUAGUGUGCUGACAAAGCUAGAAGACAUUUGCCAGGGAGAUUUUUAUGGACUGGGAAAAUAUAAUUUUUAGUUGACCCUACUGAUAUUCUUUUUGGUGACAAAAAGAGGAGAGAUGAUACACUAUGCAUCAUGAGUAAAAAAAAAAAAAAAACAAAGAUUAAAAACAUAAUUUUAGAAACAUCAUACAUUUUCAAUGUUUGUAUAGUUAUUAUUUGAAUAAUACAUGAACAACUUUAACAACUCCAUGACAAGAAACUAUGUGAAGAAUUAGCACAGGAAAAACUGAACUAUUGAAUUUUUAGUUGACCCUACUGAUAUUCUUUUUGGUGAAAAAAAGAGGAGAGAUAAUACACUAUGCAUCAUAAGUAAAAAAAAAAAAAAAACAAAGAUUAAAAACAUAAUUUUAGAAACAUCAUACAUUUUCAAUGUUUGUAUAGUUAUUAUUUGAAUAAUACAUGAACAACUUUAACAACUCCAUGACAAGAAAAUAUGUGAAGAAUUAGCACAGGAAAAACUGAACUAUUGAAUCUUCUUGUAUGUCUACUUCAACUAUUACAUCUUGUCCAUUAAUUUAUCUACCCCUUUCAUUACACAUCAUGGACCCCUAUGGGAGAGGGAGGGAGGAAGGAGGGAGGGAUGAACUGUCCUUAAGGAUAACAUGCUAACCGAAAGCCCAGCAUAAUCAACACAUGAAACAUUCAUAUGGCAUUUCUCUGUCAUAAUAUAAAUCUGGGUUUGUGUAAAAUGUUAUGUGUUUAUGUAAAUUGAUGCAUGUCAGGUUCAAUUAUCCUCACAUGUAUUUGUUUCAAUUUUCAUGCAGAUUACAGAAACUGUUCCUAAAGUACCAAAAUUAUCUCUCGAGGAGAAAAUGAUGUUGGAAUCACCACCUCGAUUAAAAGCCAUUUCUCAGGGACACAAAGAUAACAUUCAAUGUACAAGUUUAGAAAGUAACAACAAUUUGUCUUUUUUAACUCUGUUUUUUUUGUGAGUCGACCCAUUUGUUUGUAAUAAGUCUGGGUCUUAUGAGCAAUUAAUGAGGGAGAAAAUCUUUUUUCAGUGGUAAAUUAGUGGAACUUUUUAAUGAGAAAGUCACGUAAUCCUGGAGCAGAGGAGGAAAGGUUUCAUCAUUGAAGUCUUGUGUGCACAAACAUCUAAAUUAACAAAAUAAUGCACCCUAUUUUCCCACUACUACAAUUUAUUUGUUAUUUAUAACCAUGUACUUUGUUAAAGUCAAACAGAAAUGCUGUAAUGUUACAAUUAUUUUUUUGUAAUGUUACAAUUUUUGUUGCUGUUAAUGUCUAAAUUUGUCAUUAGCUUUCUUGCACUUUCUCAUAUUUAAGUAAUAUAUAUUUUUUUUAAAUUUUCUCUGUAGUUUUCUUAUGUUGUCCCUUUUGUCCAUAUUUUGUCCAUAUUUUGUCAAAAUAUUGUCCAUAUUUUGUCUUAUUCUGUCUAUAUUUUUGCUAGCACCCAUCCUUCCUCCCAUUACCUCAUCACCUAAAAUAGACUCAUCAGAUGAGUCGGCUGAAAACUUCACCCAGGAGGAGACUGUGGAGGCAGAAGAGGGAGACCAAACUCAAGAUGGUCAAGACAGUCAAUCAGACACGUUUUUUAUGACACAGGUAAUGGGACAUGAACCUGAAUGAUGAAAUCACCAUUUUACACAACUAUCAAAACACAGGUGCUAAUAAUCUGAUCUUCCUUUGUAACUUCUGUAGUGAUUCAGUGUGACCCAUGUGAAUUUUUUUUAUGGUGAGACCUAUUUUAAUGCAACAGUUUCUGUAACAAUUUAUGGGUCAUUUUUAUUAGUUGGGUGAUGUCGGUGAGAGCCAACCUGGACACCCUCCCAAAGAACAGUCGUUGUUCGGUACAGCAGCAACAAAGUCAGGAGAAAAUGAUAAAAGAGGUACAUCCAACGCUAAAGCUGUAGAUGACAAAUUUAAAGGCUACGAACUGCUGCUGGACAUUGAAGAGUUGGAUGAUGAGCCUGUCCUUCCUUUGGCUAAAGGUGAAAUAAGUUUUUGUUUUUUUGUUUUUUUAAAUACCCAACAUGUUUCAAUGUAAUAUAAUUUAUAAUGAAUAAAAGGAAUAACGCCAAAAAAAUGUAUGGAUUCUCCACAAACCAGAUGAUUAUUUUUUGUGAUGGGAAGGUAAGCCUUUAAAAAAUAAUGACUUUCCCUUACUUGGUAGAAGCUGCAUGCAAAGUCUGUUUGCUCUAUUUCCAACAAAGUCUGUGUGCUCUAUUUCCAACAAAGUCUGUGAUCUCGAUUACUAAUACAGUCUGUGUUCUCUAUUCCUAACAAGUGUUUCAGACUUUCAUUAAAGUGAUCAAACAUAAUUUCUUUUCUGAUAAUUUUCUAAAUAAAUAAAAAUUCAUUUAUUUGUAAGCGCUUAUCUCAUAUUAGUUUUUAACCCGUUUUAUAAUCAACAAUGGAACUAAAACUUUUAAAACACACAUAAAUCGGAUAACAUUUUAUACAACAAAAUGAAAAGGAUCACAACCAAUUUUUUACUAAUCAUAACCACUUUGAUGUUACAAUUAAUAAAUAUAACUUUUUUUAUUUGGCAAGACGUGCCUUCAAACCUCAACAGUAAACUGUUAAGUACAUUCAGUGCCUCUAAUGACUCUUGAUUAUUCUGUGUGUUUAACUCAUUGUCAUUAGCUUUGUACUCAUUGUCAUUUCCAGAUGUACAAGGAAACCUUCGGACACUGAAACACACCUUAAACCAUAUGCUUGUCUACAGGGACCCAGCAGUGGAGCUCACCCAUGUCAAGAAAAUGGUUCAGGAAUACAGAAGAGUUAGUAUUACUCUUUAAAUAUUUAUCUAUGUGGAAAUGAUGAUAUCCUGCAAGAUUACAAUAAACAAAACUAGGCAACAUAAAAAAAAAGAAAUAAUAGAAUUAUUCCUCUGUGCUUUUAAUUAAACAUUCAUCAAAAGAAAGAAAGCUGUUUUAAAAAAUUGGAGCUUAACUACUAGUGUGAGUUCUCAUGACAUAUAACCAGAGAUGAAACGCCUAAUGUGGGGGUCCUCAAAGAGUCAUGCAAAUUAACCCACAUUGUGUAAAGAUGAAAAUCUAGGGGGUAAUUAGGGCUCAAUAGACUUAAAUAAAAUUAUAUAUUAAUAAGGCCCAUUUCUUUUUACAAUAGAACUUCCUGUUGGCAACGCAGCUAAUGGCCAAUGUAUCUGGAAAACGCUCAGAUUAUGUUGUGGUUAUUUUUUUGCCUAGGCAGCCAACGUCAUGGGAAAGGGGCUCGGUGGAGGUAGUCCAUCCCUGGACAGGAUUUUUUUUUAUUAGAUUGAAGGACUGCAGUUUGGGCCAACCGUAGAGUUUUUUUUAAAAUUCAUUUUGUAGCAGCAAAGUAUUUGAAGACCUUCUUAAUAUUAAUAUUCCAUACUACCUUCUGCUUCCAUACUUGGUAGAGUUAAAUAAGGAUUCAGGAAUGCUUAAAUUUUCAGGUUUUUUCCCUUCAAAGGUCUUAAGGACUUUUUUUUUUUUUUUUAAAUGCACGACCUAAAAUACUUACGGCAUUCAUUUACGUAUGAGUUUUUUAAUUUUCCAACUGCAUGGUCUCAUCUUAAAUUUUCGAAUGGUUGGCAAACCUGCAGUGCUUUUUGUAGAUAAAAAGGUGUUGGUGGGUGAUGUGACUUUAACCUCACAGUCCCUCCCCCUUUAGAGCAUAAGUAAUAAUAUAUGGAUGGCCCCUAUCCAAAAUGCUCUCCUAUUUUUUAAUGUUUUUGUGUCCAAAGUGUAAUAUCAUUUAUCCAAUAUUUAAAGUAAAAAUUUUCUAAGAAAUCAUUUUACUCCAUGAUAAGGAUUUUAUUCAUUUACUUUAUAGAAUUUAUUUUAUAAUAUUUUUAUAUUUAUAAAUUUAUUUUCCUGAUCAAUAGAUUCUAUAACCAUAUUGAAUUUAAAUUAUAUAUAUGAUUAUAAACUCAUUGGAGGAAAAGGGGGGGGGGGUGUGCGCCAGUUUAAACAGAUACAUUUUUGGAUCAUAGCAAAAUAAGUUCCCCGAUGCCUGGUUUAGGUGGUUCGCAUUCACUUGUAUCAAUGAUCCUAAAGCUUUACCACUAGGAUCCUGAGAUUGAAUCGUUCGUUUAUUACUGCUUGCCUAGGUGCCCGUUCCACCAUCAAAGCCUGCUCGAACGUACCAAGAGAAAGUCAACGAUGUCUUGACCCAUCUUAAAACCAGGUCGACCGUUGAGGAAGAGAAGUUGAUCAAUGUUCUCAGAGAUAGGCGGCAGUUGAGAAAGAAGUUUCCAGAAGCUGAAAAUUUACUUGGCCAGGUAAUAAUGUGUUGUAGUUUGCCAGAUAAAGAUGUGACAUUUGUUUCCAGGUUAUGCUGCUACAGCUUGUGAGGUUGACCCAGUGCUUCAGUUUCAUUACCCCAGCAGGCAAAUAAAAGAAGCCGUCUGGCUGCUCAGUUAAUGAGAGUAAUUUUAGCUCAAUUGACGCAUGCAAAUGAACAUUUUGUCAAGUCUUUUUGUGUUUAAACCAGAAAAAACCGGCCAAACAUGGCAGUGACAGUGCUGAGCUUCCCAACCACUAAAGUUACCUGUCUACAUAUGCAUUUAAUAAGAAUUCCAAUCAGUAAUAACUUCUGGUAAUUUUAUUUUACUCGCCUAUUGAACACAGCCUUACAACCAUACAUGCAUACAUACCCAGAGAGUUAUUAUUUGUGAUAUCAAUUUUUUACUAUCGAAGGAAAAAUAUGCUAGAUCAUAAUUAUUUGAUUGAUUCAGUUCUUGACAUGUUUGCUUACCAUGUUUCAGAUUCAGCGACGCUACAAUGCUGUCCGCUUGCAUUCAUUGAAGGAUGCUAAAGAGGCCUGAGAAAUUGAUAAAACAUUUUACAGGCGGCCUGCCGAUUCUAACAAAUAAAACAUUAAUAGCAUGACCGGAUGGAUCACUGUCGGUGAGAAUUUCUUCUAGGACAAGUCGAACAUGUUAUAAAUCUCAAGAAAACUUUUCAAACCAGUUUUCUCAAGCAAAAAAAAAAAAAAUGUCAUUUGAAACUUUGAAAAAUGGUUCAGGAAGAAAGGUUUUUAAUUUUUGUGGAAAGAAUCGAUACCUGGACGCCACUGAACCAAUUUCAGCUGGUCUCUGAAAUAUUUCAGCUUUGAGAUGACACUUUGCUUUAACAGAGGAUAUUGACAAACUCCAUUGUUUCUCCAAGCUCAGACUUGACAUUUAAAUUAUAUUUAUUGCUUAUUUGUUAUUUUCUUGUUCAUUUUUCUGUAAAUUUAAUUAUACAAAAAUAAAUCAAUUAUUCUUUUAAAAAAGAACCAGUGAUAGUAAACGUGUAGGCCCUAAUCACGCUAUUGUGUUUAUGGAGACUGUUUGUGUUUGUACAGAUUGAAUAUUUUAAGGGUGAUUGAAUGUGUUUGCAGAGAUUGAAUGUGUUUAUGAAGAUUGAAUGUGUUUAUGAAGAUUGAAUGUGUUUAUGAAGAUUGAAUGUGUUUAUGAAGAUU